AUGAGCAGUACGCGCGGCGCUUUGGUGGUGGUGGGUAGCGGACCCGGGAUUGGCAGCCACGUCGCACGCACCUUCUCUGUGCACGCUUUCAAGCGCAUCAUCCUGCUCUCACGCGACCCGUCGCGCCUCGAAGAAGAUGCGGAAUUCAUUCGCUCGGCCACUCCCUCUGCAAAUAUCUCGACACUGGCCAUUGAUCUGUCCAAGACGAGCGAGAUUCCCGCGGCGCUUGAUGCAGUUGACAAAGCUCUCGGCAACACACCUCUCGAAGUAGUCCUCUUCAACGCCGCUCGCGUUGGCCCUAGUACCCUGGUGGAAUGGCCCAUGGAAGAGCUUGAGCUAGACCUCCGCAUCAAAGUCACAGGCUGCUAUGCCAUUGCCCAGUGGGCGAUCCCAAAACUGCUGCAAGUAAAGGGCAACCUUAAGCCAGCAUUCCUCUGCACCUCAGGCUCCAUCUACAAGGAUCCUCUACCAGAGGUGUUCUCGCUUUCGGUGUGCAAAGCUGGGCAGCACAAUUUGGUGCACAGUAUGCACAAGAAGUUCAAGGAUGAGGGUGUAUAUUGUGGUCUUGUCGUUGUUGGAGGCGUCGUUGCUGACGAGAAUCCUGAGUGUAAUGCCGAGAACAUCGCGAACAAAACUUGGGCUUUGUAUGAGAAGCGCGACGACCUCGAAGUAGAAAUCAUCGACAAGUAG